UGUUUUUUUCAGGUGUAGAAAAAGCAGAAAACUUUGGUCUUUUGAACUUGGACCUUGUACUUAAGAUCCAAGUCUGAAUUGGGCCGAGACAACCCGUAAACUACAAUACCCUAAAGCUUCUCUCACUUGCUCCUCGACGGCUCUUCACUCUUUAAGCAAAGUUCUCAGGUUCUUUUUCUCUAGCGGAAUCAAAUUGUUGAGAUGAGAAAAGACAAGCCAGCUGUUGCCAGUUCAAGUAAAAUCAAAUUUGAAGACUCUGAUGAACAUGAAUCUUCGUCUGAAGAUGAGGACGCAAAGGAAAUAGAGGAGGAGCUUGCUGAUGUGACCUUUGAGGAAUUGCAGAGAGCACGGUCUGAUGGGUCAGAUACAGUGUAUAGGAAGCUUAAUUCAGAAGGAAAAAAUAGCCGAGCAAACAAGAACAGGCCAAUGGAGAUGAGUAGCAAGAAGCCAGUGAGCAGAUUUAGGGAAAUUAUCCAAGUUCCUAAAAAGGCCACGCGUGACCCUCGCUUUGAGUCUUUAACUGGCCAGCUCGACGUAGAACGGUUCAAAAAGAGAUACAAUUUUCUUUACGAGGAUAAUCUUCCAGCAGAAAAAGAGGAGCUGAAGAAACAGCUGAGGAAAUUAAAUGAUCCAGAAGAGAUAAGUGAACUGAAAAGUCGCAUUUCUUGGAUUGACAAACAAUUGAAAUCAGCCGGAACAAAGCACACUGAGAAAGAGAUUCUGCAAGAGCACAAGAAGAAAGAGAGAGAAGCUGCUAAGCAAGGGAAACAACCUUAUUACCUUAAAAAUUCUGAAAUUCAGAAGCGCAAACUUAUUGAGAAAUACAAGGAACUCAAAGCAUCUGGCAAACUGGAAGCAUAUAUUGAGAAGAAAAGGCGCAAGAAUGCUUCGAAAGACCACAGAUUCUUGCCAUAUCGGCGUCCCGGCGAGCAAGAAAACUAGUGAAAUAACAGGUUUGUUGCAUGCUGUAGCAAAUUUUUUUGCUUGGGUUUCUCCUCACAAGUAUGUAGAGAACUUACCUGGUAGGCAUGAUAAUGGGCCUUUCUCAUUCAAGGUGUAGAGGCAUCAGUUCUUUUGUUUACUUCAAGGUGCAGCUACAGAGCUACUUCCUCUGUAUAGCUGGACUUGGUGACUAUACUAGUUAUUUUUGAGAGUCUUGAAGAAGUAAUUAAUUUAUGAGCACCUACAAGAAUACAGUUGAGCAGUUGACCCUCCAAGUGACUCAUUUUGCCUCUAAUUUUUCAGAAUAGAUCUGUGAUGAUUAGUUGAUGGUAGAACAAGGAAACUUUUAGAGUUUGUCGAUUGUUGUUGCUACUUGGUCUAUUUUUUUUUUCUACUUGCUAAAAGAAUGAAUUGGAUAUUCCAGUUAAAGGAAGCUGAAUAUUUUCUUUCGAAUUCCAAGUAAAAGAUGUGCUA